UCUUCAGCUCUUUCUUUCACCUGCAUCACAGGCUUUGCUGUCUGUCACCUCCUUCCUCGCUCGAUCUCUGCCUACCUUAUUUGCUGAGCCGGCUCCCAGAGCCUCUGGCACACACACCCAGGGAAAUCCUGCCUUGAUUUCUCUUUUUCCCCCUUCUGCUUCUGUUUUGUUUGCUUGGUUUUGUAAUUCCGCACUUCUUUUGACGCACUAUGGAGGCACCGUGCUGUUUCUCCUUCUUCCUCAUCCACUGCUCCAGUGAGAUUGUUUCAUUCCGGUAGCUACAUCUCAGCCACAUAUCAUCUUGCGCCUGGGUCACCAGUCCUGGGACUUACAUUUAAUUUGGCUGGAAACAGCAGUGAAAGGAAACUCGACAGCUAUUGGAGGGAACACCAGCGAACCCCCGCCCUCCCUUCCCCGGAAGCACCUUGUGCGGACAGCCAUGGAGGACUGCUUUGCAAAUCUUGAAUUGUUAUCAAGCAUAGACCGAGAAGACUGCAGGAUUUGUAAUUUCAUCUUUUGCAAUAUAUAUUGACAAAGUUCAGGAAGAAGCCUGAUGAGAGGAUGCCAUCAGCGGUAGGGGUUGAUCUCAACGCCUGGUGAACGCGGCCGCGGCCGCGCCCCCUCACCCGCCCACCAUGUCCUGCCCUGGUCACGGGAAGCGAAGGCUGCUGCUUGUCUCCGUGACAUUUGUACUCCUUCUCACAUGGCUCUACCUCCUGGUGGGGAACUUGGACCACGGGCGAUCCUUGCUGGUUUCCCCAUGUCUCAGUGACCAACAAGAGCUGCGGCUCACUGAGCGAGAUGCAACUGAGUUGCGGGUGCAGGAGGUGGAGGAGGAAAACCGGCAGCUGCGACUUCAGCUCAGCCAGUCCCAAGCAGCAGCCGCGCAGGUCCAGUACGGAAGCUACGGGAAUGCGCAGUGGGCGGCGUCGGCCGACCCAGGACCCGAGGAUGGGGAGAACACGGCGGAGGAGAGAGCUAACCGCACGGACUGUCCGCAGCGGCCCAUGGUGGAGAGGUGUGAGCUCAUCCAUGUGGCAUGUGUGUGUGCCGGCCACAACGCCAGUCGGGACGUGGUCACUCUGGUCAAGUCCAUCCUUUUCCACAGGAGGAACCCCCUUCACUUCCACUUCAUCACGGAUGCCGUGGCCCACCAGAUCCUCAGCUCCCUCUUCCAGUCAUGGAUGGUGCCCUCCGUGCAGGUCAGCUUCUACGACGCGGAGGAGCUGAAGUCAAACGUAGCUUGGAUCCCCAACAAGCACUACUCUGGGAUUUACGGUCUGAUGAAGCUGACAUUGACCAAAGCCCUCCCCAGCAAUCUCACCAAAGUCAUCGUUCUGGACACGGACAUUACCUUUGCUACUGACAUUGCAGAGCUGUGGGCCAUCUUCAGAAAGUUUACAGACAAGCAAGCGAUUGGGUUGGUGGAGAACCAGAGCGACUGGUACCUCGGGAACCUGUGGAAGAACCAUAAGCCUUGGCCAGCCUUGGGGCGCGGGUUCAACACAGGGGUCAUCCUGCUGCUCCUGGAGCGGCUGCGCAGGAUUGGCUGGGAGCAGAUGUGGAGGCUGACUGCGGAGAGGGAGCUCAUGAGCAUGUUGUCCACCUCGCUCGCAGACCAGGAUAUCUUCAACGCUUUCAUAAAGCAGAACCCAGUCCUGGUGCACCAGCUGCCUUGUUUCUGGAACGUCCAGCUGUCUGACCACACCCGUUCAGAGCAGUGCUACACGGAGGUGUCCGACCUCAAGGUCAUCCACUGGAACUCCCCCAAGAAGCUGCGGGUGAAAAACAAACACGUGGAGUUCUUCCGCAACCUCUACCUGACCUUCUUGGAGUACGACGGCAACCUCCUGCGCAGGGAGCUCUUCGGCUGCCCCAGCCAGCCCAGCGCCGACAGCCUUCGAUUGCAGAACGCGCUGGAAGAGCUUGACGAGGACGACCAGUGCUACGACUUCCGCCGGGAGCGGAUUGCACUGCACCGGCUGCACCUCUACUUCCUGCAGUACCAGUACAUCCCCGCAGAGGACGACACGGAUGUGACGCUGGUCGCCCAACUCUCCAUUGAUAGACUUCAGAUGCUGGAGGCGAUCUGUAACCACUGGGAGGGUCCUAUCAGCCUGGCCCUCUACAUGUCUGAUGCUGAGGCCCAGCAGUUCCUGCGUUACGCCCAGGCCUCGGACGUGCUGAAACACCGCAAGAAUAUCGGCUACCACAUUGUCUACAAGGAGGGCCAGUUCUACCCUGUCAACCUGCUGAGGAACAUUGCUCUCCGCCAGGCGAACACGCCGUAUGUCUUUUUGACAGACGUGGAUUUCUUGCCCAUGUAUGGCCUCUACAGUUACCUCAGAAAAUCUAUCGUUCAGCUGGACUUGGCCCACACCAAGAAUGCGCUGGUGGUGCCAGCCUUUGAGACCUUACGCUACCGCCUCUCCUUCCCCAAAUCCAAAGCUGAACUGCUCUCCAUGCUGGACAUGGGGACCCUUUAUACCUUCAGGUACCAUGUGUGGACCAAGGGCCACGCUCCCACCAACUACGCCAAAUGGAGGACAGCCACCACAGCCUACAAAGUGGAGUGGGAGGCUGAUUUUGAGCCCUACGUGGUGGUGAGAAGGGACUGCCCCGAGUAUGACCAGAGGUUUGUGGGGUUUGGCUGGAACAAAGUCUCCCACAUCAUGGAACUUGAUGCGCAGGAAUAUGACUUUGUGGUCCUGCCCAAUGCCUUCAUGAUCCACAUGCCCCAUGCACCCAGCUUUGACAUCUCCAAGUUCCGCUCCAGCUCCAGCUACAGGCACUGCUUGACAACGCUUAAGGAGGAGUUCCACCAGGACCUGUCCAGGAAGUAUGGUGCAGCGGCUCUUAAGUACCUUACUGCUGAGAGGAACAUCUAAGACAUGAUGUGAGGGUCAAACAUCCAGGAGUAAUCUCCAGGGUACAAAUAAUCAAGUGGGGUCAAGAACUGCUUUAUGUCACUGCUGAGGUCAAAUCUGUGGGAAAAGCUAGUAUGUGGUAAAAACUCCUGUGAGAAAGGAGAAUAAUUCCUCAUCCCUAUUUACCUUGUUCACUCUCACUCAUUGAAAGCCAAAUUUGCCUCUUCCUUGCCCCUCUGUCUAACAAACUGAUAAUGUGCUUAUGGAUGUAAAUGAGAGAAAACAUUUUUUGAUGAUCCAACAGAUUUAUUGAUCAAUAUCUUUGUGGGACAAUCAGAUUUUUUUUAUACAUGGGCCAAAAGUAUAUAUACUGUAUGACUGGGUAAUACCCAGCAUCUGGGAGGUAAAAUACAGAAUGCCAUUGUGCCACAUGGAGUUGUCCUGCUACACAGAAAACACAUUGAAUCACAGCUCAUGGUCAUCUGUUAUAAGAAAUCCUCACAAGCUGAAAUGAGACCUCUGAGGAAUACUGGUAAACAACAAUAUACAUAUUUUGUAGACUGUAUUGAAGGUGCAAUCAUAGAAGAUGUUUGGUGAAACUGGAGAUGAAAAUUAGCUUUGAUAUAACCCUUCAUAUUUAAAUAUUUAAGAUAUUUUGUUAGAUGUGAAUGUUUCAAAUUUCACAAUGUAACAUCGUAUCAUACUGUCUUUUAUGAUUGUGAUUGGGAUCACAUAUACAUAUAUAUGU